GCAUUGUCCAACUGUAACGCGCCUCCAUCAUGUCGACCGUCGCAGAAGACUUGCUCAACGAUUUCGGUAGUUCCGGAGAUGAGGCCGACGAGCUUGAGAACGAUGGCCUCGUCAAGGACGAAGAGACAAAUGGCGAUCGCGACGCUAUGGACGUCGACGGCGAUGCCGCGACCAAGGACGACGAUGCAUCCGAAAACGACCCAUCCAACGACAGAGAUGACGCCGAGGCGACAAAAGUUAAGGUCGAAAAGAUGCAGCUCGGCGCCGUCAAGGACGUCCGCAGCGUCGCCAGCCUGAUGCAAACCCUGGAGCCAGUCCUCGAGAAAAUCGCACAUUAUCGAUCACAAGCUGCCACCCAGAGCACGAGCCUGGGCAACAUUGAGGACCACCCCGAGUAUCACCUCCUGACCCAGUCAAACAGCCUCUCUACCCAGAUCGACGGUGAGGUGGUGCUGGUUCACAAGUUCAUUCGCGAUCACUACUCGACUCGAUUCCCCGAGCUGGAACGACUGGUUACGACACCUCUCGAGUAUGCCAAGGUGGUGGCCAUCCUGGGCAAUGGCCCCAUGGACUCGGAGAGCAUCAAGGCCCUCCAGACCUCGACCGACAACCCCCUUGGAAUAACCCUCAAGUCAGUUCUCGAUGGACCAUCACUCAUGAUUGUGACCGUCGAGGCCACCACAUCAAAGGGUCACGAGUUGACACCGGAGGAGCUGCAGCGCAUCUUCAAGGCCUGCGAGAUGGUCAUUGCUCUCAACAAAGCCAAACAAACCUUGACAGAAUACGUCCAGUCACGCAUGAACAUCUUUGCGCCCAACCUGACGGCCCUCAUCGGCUCACUCACAGCAGCACAGCUUCUCAAUGCCGCAGGUGGAUUGACAGGCCUAUCCAAAACCCCGGCAUGCAACAUCGCUUCAUGGGGUUCCAAAAAGAAGCAGGCCGGUCUGUCUACGAACAUUGGUAUCCGUCAGCAGGGCUACCUUUUCAACUCGGAAAUGAUUCGUGGUAUCCCCAACGACCUAAGGAAGCAGGCCAUGAGAAUCGUUUCAGCCAAGCUGGUGCUGGCCGCUCGAGUAGACCGCAUCCAUUCAAGUCCAGAUGGCUCUACGGGAGAGGAACUCAAGUCGGCAUGCCUCGAGCGUCUAGAAAAGCUUACGGAACCACCACCCAACAAGGGACAACGCGCACUUCCCGUACCGGAUGACAAGCCAGCUCGCAAGCGAGGAGGACGACGCGCCCGCAAGGCCAAGGAGGCACUCGCCAUGACAGAUCUACGCAAGGCCCAGAACCGUAUGGCCUUUGGCAAGGAAGAGAAGGAAGUUGGAUAUGGUACCGGUGAGACGACGGUCGGUAUGGGCAUGAUCGGUUCGGCCAACGAUGGGCGCAUCCGAGGCAUCCAGGUCGACCAGCGCACACGUGCAAAGCUCAGCGCCAAGAACAAGGGCUGGGGAGGAAACAGUACCGUGGGAGGCGCGGCCUCGUCCAUUGGCGGCUUCGGCCAGGCGUCCAGCAUCGACUUGCGCGGUCGCGGUCUGCGCGCCUCGGGCGUGGGAAGCACAGUCGGCUCGGCGGCCGGCACAGCGUCAUCGCUCGCCUUUACGCCCGUGCAAGGACUGGAGCUCGUGGAUCCCAAGAUGCAGGCCGAGCUCAGCAAGAAGCGCAAGGCCGAGGAGGACCGGUGGUUCAAGGGCGGAACCUUUACCCAGGUCAGCGGGGCGCCGAGCGGUGGUGGUUUCAAGGUGCCGGACCUACCGGCCGCCAAGCGGGUCGACACGGGGGCCAACAAGAUGGGCCCUCCGCCGGCGCGCAAAUCAUGAGGUUUCCGGAAUUAAUCAGGGAAAAACAGACAAGGAUGGUAUUGAUGUAACUCUGUGGUAAACGGGGAGAGGGGCUCGCAUGGGAAUGCGCGAAAUCCCCAUCAGACAGAUACUAACAUUGGCAUCAUUAUGAUGUAUCGGACUGUCAUCCAUGGAUCAUGGUUUCUUGUGUACUGGAGAGAGGCGGUGCAGCACAGGGUUGUACUGCCUGCACUGCACUGUACUCCAUGUACAGUAACGCCGCGCCGCAUGCUGUGGGCACGAUAAUACAGCUACACCGAGCAAAGGGGCCUCAAAUCAAGCCAGAGAGAAUAAGCAGGCAUGUGGCGGGGGAACUGUCGGCGAACAAGGCGUUUCGGGGGACGAUCUGCGAUCUCCAAGGAAGGGCGGAGAAAUCAACAGUUUACUCCCGGUUAGGUAGUUCAAAUUCGAUCAUCAAGUUAUCGCACC